UGAAAACCUAAACUCCUCCACUGUUUUCACUUCCAUUCGAGCUUAAGCCCUAUCUAAAAUGGCCGCCUCCACCACCACCACCGCCGCUGCUGCUUCCUUCAAAUCCUCACUUCCUUCUUCGGCCAAAUCGGCGCUCUUAAAACCACGCUUCGCGUCGUCUACGUGGCGUUCUCUGAUUCCCGCUUCACUGAGCUCUCAUCUCGUUUCUAGAAAGAAUGGCGUCAUCGCUGCCAAGACGACAGCUGCUCCUUCUACCGUUUCUCCGCCGGCGUCGCUUGACUUUAAUACAUCUGUUUUCCAGAAAGAAAAGAUCUCUCUUGCCGGUCACGAUGAGUUCAUAGUGAGAGGAGGGCGACAUCUGUUCCCUUUGUUGGAUGAUGCUUUUAAAGGAAUCAAACAGAUUGGAGUCAUCGGUUGGGGUUCUCAGGGGCCAGCUCAAGCACAGAAUCUGAGGGAUUCUCUUGCAGAGGCAAAAUCUGAUAUUGUUGUGAAGAUUGGAUUAAGGAAGGGCUCUCGCUCUUUUGCUGAAGCUCGUGCUGCUGGAUUCUCUGAAGAGAAUGGAACACUGGGGGAUAUCUAUGAAACUAUUUCUGGAAGUGAUCUCGUGUUAUUGCUGAUCUCUGAUUCAGCACAGGCUGAUAACUAUGAAAAGGUCUUCUCCCACAUGAAGCCUAAUAGCAUCCUUGGACUUUCCCAUGGAUUUCUUCUGGGUCAUUUACAAUCAAUGGGGCUUGAUUUUCCUGAGAACAUCAGUGUGAUUGCUGUCUGCCCUAAGGGCAUGGGGCCUUCUGUGAGGAGACUCUAUGUCCAGGGAAAAGAGAUAAAUGGUGCUGGAAUCAAUGCUAGUUUUGCCGUCCACCAGGAUGUUGACGGUAGAGCUAUGGAUGUGGCCUUGGGAUGGUCAGUUGCCCUUGGUUCUCCUUUUACAUUUGCCACCACAUUAGAGCAGGAGUACAAGAGUGACAUUUUUGGGGAAAGGGGCAUCUUGCUAGGUGCUGUUCACGGAGUUGUCGAAUGCUUGUUUAGAAGGUAUGUUGAGAGUGGAAUGGAUGAAGAAUUGGCUUACAAAAAUACUGUGGAGUGCAUAACAGGAAUUGUUUCGAAGACCAUUUCAACGAAGGGCAUGCUAGCUGUAUACAACUCGUUGUCUGAGGGUGACAAAAAGCGUUUUGAGGAAGCUUACAGUGCUUCAUAUUAUCCCUGCAUGGAAAUCCUAUACGAGUGUUAUGAGGAUGUUGCAAGUGGAAGUGAGAUUCGCAGUGUAGUUUUGGCUGGGCGUCGGUUUUAUGAAAAGGAGGGUCUGCCUGCCUUCCCAAUGGGUAAAAUUGACCAGACAUGGAUGUGGAAAGUCGGUGAGCGUGUCCAAGCAACUAGAUCGAAAGAUGAUUUAGGUCCAUUGUGCCCUUUCACAUCUGGGGUUUUUGUGGCCCUUAUGAUGGCCCAGAUUGAGAUCUUGAGAAAGAAGGGACACUCGUACUCGGAAAUCAUCAAUGAAAGUGUGAUUGAAGCUGUUGAUUCCUUGAAUCCCUUCAUGCAUGCUCGAGGGGUCUCCUUCAUGGUUGAUAAUUGUUCAACAACUGCACGUCUGGGAUCAAGGAAAUGGGCUCCGCGUUUCGAUUACAUCCUAACCCAGCAAGCAUUUGUAGCAGUGGAUGCAGGGGCACCCAUCAACCAGGACCUGAUAAGCAGCUUCUUCUCUGAUCCUGUUCAUGAAGCUAUUGAAGUCUGCGCACAGUUGAGGCCAACUCUCGACAUAUCAGUGCCCCCAGAUGCAGAUUUUGUUCGUCCUGAAUUGCGCCAAUCUAAUUAGAUUGGAAAGAGUAGGGUUUUUUUUUUUGACGAGCAGGCUGCUGUUUUCUAGUAAAACCUUAUCGAGUUUUGUUUGCGAGAACAGGGAACCAUCUUAGCUUGAUGUUUUAUCUAAAAAUAUUCUCUGAAGGUGAACUUCAAAAUUGGGUGCUUACCUGCGGUUAGUUAGUAGAGCAUGGCCUAGCACUUUCAGUAUUUUGAUAAUUUGAUGAAUUUGGUGGUUCAGUAUUUUGAUAAUUUGAUGGA